CCCCGCGGCCGCAGUCGCAGUCGCAGUCGCAGCGCAUCCCCUCUUCGCCAUCGCCGCCGUCACCGCAGUGGCAGUCGCAGUCGGAGCCGCAGUCCUCGCCGCUCAGAGCUCCGGAAGCAGCGUCGAUACCAGCCCAGAAGCCGCAGCAGACGGCGCCGGCAGCACGACAUGCCCAAAAAGAAGGACCGAAUCCCCGACAACUGGGUCGAUGUGGCCAAAAUGGGUACAUUAGUGGGCUCCUCGCGGUUCGUGCCGCUCCGCGUGCCUCUGAACGCCAAGUAUCUGCCCCAGUUUGAGCGCAUGAGCGAGGAAAUUUGGGCGCCCAGCGACUUUCUGGAGGCCCAGGAGGCCCAAAAUCUCGACGUCAAGAUGAUCAUCGACCUGACCAACACGUUCAAGUACUACAAUGGCUACGAGGAGUUCCAGGACUCCGGCGUGCACUACGUCAAGCUCCGCAUCGAAGGCUUCAACGGCCCACCCGCUGCCAAAGAUGUGGCCAAGUUCAUGGAAAUCGUGGACGAGUUUGUGGCAAAAGAACCGGAAGGGGCCAUCGCGGUGCAUUGCACCCACGGCCUCAACAGGACGGGCUACCUCAUUGUCAACUACCUGGUGGAGAGGCUGGCCCACACGGUCACGCAAGCACUGGAAGCUUUCAAGGCUGCGAGACCGCCCGGACUGAUCAAGCACAUGUACGUCGAGGAGCUGUACCAGAGGCUGGGGAAAGAGGAGGAAGAAGUUCAG